GACCGGUCGGGUCGUGCUAUCCGGAUUCCUUGGGGCGUCCCUACCCUAACCUUAACUCCUACCCUUACCAUUUUAUAUUUAAACUUCAGUGGCAUAGGGACGUUCCAAGGAUCCCAGAUAGCACUGAUCUUGCCGGGAGAGAGUCCCUGCUGCACUAUUUGAAAGGAAAAGACGGAUUGGAGCUGGAGCAAUGAGUGACGUUAUCUGGUGGAAAGAGGGAGGGCGAAAAAGAGACGGCUGGACUCCAUUAGCUGAAGCCUGAGGAGACCCUUUGGGAUACUUCACUUGGACGAGUUCUUUGGGAUUUUCUCUUUGAACAGACCUAGAUACAUGAUUUAGAAGAAAAAAAACGUGUUGACUAUCGAAUCCUCGGAAGUUUUAGUGGCUUUUUGGAUUUGGCUUGGUGUAUUUGAGAAGGAUGGCGCUGGACGGUAUACGGAUGCCCGAUGGCUGCUAUGCCGACGGGACGUGGGAACUGAAGAUGCACGUGACAGACCUCCACAGGGAUGUGUCUUUGAGGGUCACUGGCGAGAUCCACGUUGGUGGGGUCAUGCUCAAACUCGCGGAGAAACUCGAUGUGAAGAAGGACUGGUCGGACCACGCCCUGUGGUGGGAGAAGAAGAAGACGUGGCUGCUGAAGACCCACUGGACCCUGGACAAGUAUGGUAUACAGGCAGAUGCCCGGCUCCUCUUCACCCCCCAGCACAAGCUGCUGCGCCUGCAGCUGCCCAACAUGAAGCACAUGAAGGUCAAGGUCAACUUCUCUGACCGUGUCUUCAAGGCCGUGUCCGACAUCUGCAAGACUUUCAAUAUCCGUCAUCCAGAGGAGGCAUCUCUACUCCGUAAGCCCCGUGACCCCAAGAAGAAGAAGAAAAAGCUGGAAGAGGCUGAGGAGGAGGCUCUGGAGCUGGAGGGGCCACUACUCACCCCAGGAUCAGGUACCUCUGAGAUAAUUUACAUCGGUCCGGUCAAAGGGAGCAUCUACUCCAGUCCCGGCCUGUACAGUAAGACCAUGACUCCCACUUAUGACUCCAGAGACGGAAGCCCCCUAUCCCCCACUACCGCCUGGUUUGGAGACAGCCCCCUGUCCGAGGGCAAUCCCAGCAUCCUCGCUGUCAGCCAGCCAAUCUCCUCGCCCGAUAUCCUGGCCAAGCUCUACAAGCCCCAAUCCCUCCUGGACAAGGCCAAGAUCAACCAGGGCUGGAUGGACUCAUCCAGGUCUCUGAUGGAGCAGGAUGUCAAGGAGAAUGAGGUGCUCCUCCUGCGGUUUAAAUACCAUAGCUUCUUUGACCUCAACCCCAAGUAUGAUGCCAUCCGGGUGAACCAGCUCUAUGAGCAGGCCAAGUGGGCCAUCCUGCUGGAGGAAAUAGAGUGCACCGAGGAGGAGAUGAUGAUGUUUGCUGCCCUGCAGUACCACAUCAACAAGCUGUCCAUCAUGUCGUCAGACAACCACAUGAACAACAGUGAGAAGGAGGUGGACGAGGUGGACGCUGCCCUUUCAGACCUGGAGAUCACCCUGGAGGGAGGCAAGACCUCCAACACCCUGGGUGAUAUCACGUCCAUUCCCGAACUGGCUGACUACGUCAAAGUCUUCAAGCCAAAGAAACUGACACUGAAAGGCUACAAGCAGUACUGGUGCACGUUCAAGGACAUCACAAUUUCCUGCUACAAGAGCAAAGAGGAGGCUCAUGGGACACCCUCUCUCCAAAUGAAUCUAAGAGGUUGCGAGGUGACACCAGAUGUCAACAUCUCUGCUCAGAAAUUCAACAUCAAGUUACUUAUCCCGGUAGCUGACGGCAUGAAUGAGAUCUGGCUGCGGUGUGACGCUGAGAAGCAGUAUGCCCACUGGAUGGCAGCGUGCCGGCUGGCCUCUAAGGGGAAGACCAUGGCAGACAGCUCCUACAAUCUGGAGGUCCACAACAUUCUGUCCUUCCUCAAGAUGCAGCACAUGAACCCUGACCCCCAGUUCAUUGCGGAGCCAGCCGUCACCAACGACAUAAACUCUGAGUGCCUGGUGUCUCCACGCUACCUGAAGAAGUACAAGAACAAGCAGCCAGGCUAUAUCAGGGACCUGAUUUCGGCCCGGAUCCUGGAGGCCCACCAGAAUGUGGCCCAGAUGAGUCUGAUCGAGGCCAAGAUGCGCUUCAUCCAGGCUUGGCAGUCCCUGCCCGAGUUUGGCAUCACUCACUUCCUGGCCAAAUUCCAGGGUGGGAAGCGGGAUGAGCUGAUCGGCAUCACCUACAACCGUCUGAUCCGGAUGGACGCCAACACCGGAGACGCCAUCAAGACUUGGAGGUUCGCCAACAUGAAGCAGUGGAACGUCAACUGGGAGAUCAAGAUGGUGACGGUGGAGUUUGCAGAUGAGCCCAGCCUGGCCUUCAUCUGUGCGGAGGUGGACUGUAAGGUGGUACAUGAGUUCAUCGGAGGCUACAUCUUCUUGUCCACACGCGCCAAGGACCAGAACGAGUCUCUGGAUGAGGAGAUGUUCUACAAGCUGACCAGCGGCUGGGUCUGAGUCUGACUACCCUAUUCCAGGGGUCAGAGAUUAGGGGUCAAGAGGGGAGGGAUGGUGGGGACUAGAUCUUAUCAGUUUAUUUUAUUUGUUAUAUAUUUUAGCUGGUUUUAUUUUGGAGCUGUGCUGAAGAGGCCCACACGGCUGCUCACUAUCGUUAUUGCUGUUAAGAAGCUGACACCCUUUAUUUUUUGUUGCGUUAAUGCUGACAAUGGUAUUUGUAAACACUAAUAUUUUGCGCAAUGCUGCAGCCCAGAUGAUCUCUGAACUCCAAACCCUGCCUGUGGGCUCCCCCAUCAUUCUCCAAUGCACAGGGGAUAUGGUCUACUUCCUCAAGCAGCUAUCACAAAGCUAUGUCCAUGAGAACGUGUCAGGAGACCUCUCCCUCACAAAUACUUUUUCUACAUCUCCCCCCCCUGUACUCCGACUCAGCUGAAGGAACUGAUCGAAUUGGCCCGUCAGCAACUCCACUACGUCGUCGUAAUCCGACCAGACCACAAAAUCAUGUGUUAAUGAAGAAUCACAUUAUUUAUUUAUCCAUGUUUUGUUUUUCCUGUUUUAAUCUGGCAUUUUAGUAAGAUGUGGUGCUCUACUUAGUUUUUGAAGUAGCCAGUGGUUUGCCUCACAUGCUACUCCUGUGAUAUGAUACUCUGUCUAAUUUAUGCUGCGGAGUGCCACUUCACUCUCACGUAUUGUACACCCACAUAUUUACUCCCUUUAUCAAUAUAGGCAGUAGCAAUCACCAAAGUAAGAGUGUCAGCAAAACGGCGACACACUUUUACUUCCUCGGCAGAGACAGGAAGUGAUAUGGGGUAAUUUCCUUCCGUCAUCUAACUAGUCCAUAUGAAGUCACGUGUAAGCACUUCUCCAGUGUACAUAUGAUCCCAAUAUGAAUAAGCUGUAGUAGUUAAAUUAAUGUUUUUUUUAAUGGUGUUUUCUUUCUGAGCAUACCUCCAGUGGCAGUUUCCUCUCCCCUGUGUUCAGUAGUGUGCUUGAAGAGAUGAAACAAGCCUUGGUGCACACCUCCAGUCGUGUUUUCCUGUUGUCUUGAUUAGUUAGUAUGUCAGAAAACCCGGUUCUGAAUAUACACAGAGCUCAACCAGGGUGAAUGUCCUACAGUGUGUUCUGUAAACACCUGAAUAACCAUGCCUAGUUCUUACAGCUAAAAUAUGUCAGUGUGGUGCUUGAUCAUCUAGAAGGGGUCACUCAAGGAUACUCUGUUUGAGAAGUUAUUUUUCUGGUUAUGUUGACAAGUCCUGAGGUAAUUAGUGAAAAUGCGAAUGAGUAUGUUAUUGUCAUGGAACAUGUGGUGGCAUGAAGGCUUGUUGGCCAAAUGAUGUGGCUCAGGUACAUGCUGCCAGCCACAGGGUUGUCAGAUGCCCACAGCAUGUAGGAAAGGCCUCAGCUCUGCCUUGAGACUCAGACCCUUGCCAUUGCAUUGUGCAUGUAUAGUACAGCUGGAGGGAUAUUACCAAUAACAGCGUUCCCAGAUGCAGCCGCCUCCUUUAUGUUAUCGACGUUCUUUAUCUUACACCGUAUAGUAUUACUAUUAUUCAGUUCUCGUUUUCAUUGUUACGCACCAGCAAUAGGUCACCAAGUUUGAAGAAUGAAUUAUGCAAAGUCCGGGUUUAUUUUUUCCUCGGUAUGAAGGAACAUUAAAUGAAGUAUUCAUUUUUUGUAACUUAUGUAAAAACACAGGUUUAAUUGAAUUGUACAGUUGUUCUUUUUUUGUUUCCAGAUAAGAGCGGGGAGCCAUUAGUCAAUAUUGUGUAGUAUGAAGAUUUGUGCUUGCCAAUGUUACGGUCUUAUUGAGUUAACAUGAUCUAUAUAUGAAGAUAACACUAGUCUCAAACUCCAGGUUGGUAGAAAGUUAAUGAAGAUUUGUCUCACACUACUUAUUAUUAUACUCAGAAACAUUGAUAAAAGGGCUUUUCAAUGUACUUUUUUCUUCUUGCUACUCCUAUAAGCAGAAUUACAUUGCUAAUUUCUAUUCUUGCCUUUUUUUGGCACACCUCCCUAGGCUAUCAAACUCUUACUCUGUUCGGUGCCUUUAAAAAAUAUAUCACUUCAUUUUCAGAUUUGAUCACCAUUGUAGCUUUUCUUUGAACAAUGUUUUUGGUAUGAAGGAGACCCUUUUAGUUGAGAUGGAACCUAGUGUUUGAGACAAACGAGCGUAAAUGAACUGAAGAGAAGGAAGCUUAGCCUAUGUUUUUCCUACUAUGUUGUUUUUUGUUUGCCCCCAAUGUCCAGAGCAGCAGUGCAUGGCCUGCUGUUUUCAGACUGCAAAGAAAUGCAUUUAUUUUAAAAAAUAAAAAUACUUUUUAUUUAA